UCCCGGCAUGCUCGACGUUCAUGGGGAGAGGGACGCCAUUAUCUAAGGGUGUAUUGGAAUUGUUAUUGCUCGUGAGUUAUCGUCGGCUGUAGUGUCCUGAGUAAGCCGAUUGUUAGUAAAUUUCAAUGGUUGCAUCAUGUAUUCGUUAGUGAAAAGUGACAGGAUCGCCAAGAAGUUGAUCCUCCCACCAAAGUGAAGGUGAUGUGAAGGUGCGGCGUCUGCGGUGAACGUUCCAAGGCAUAGGCUUCGGAUUUGGUGCCCUCCGUAGCUGGAAAAUACUUGCCAGUACGAUCUUCGCAAAUUCCGUCUACCUUCUCCGCCUGCUGCUUGGAAUAGCCUUUAUGUUCUAUCUCCGCGUGGAUUCCAUACCUCUGUGAAAUUUCUAAGGACUACAAAUCAUCUUGCUCCAUCAUGACAAACCGCAUACCAUCUGAUAAGAUCAACCUUCGCCUGAUCCUCGUGAGCGGGAAGACCAAAGAAUUUCUGUUCAGCCCCAAUGAAUCUGCAGCCGAAAUUGCCCAGCAUGUCUUCGACAACUGGCCUCAAGAGUGGUCCGAAGAGGCUGUAUCCAAGGCAGAAAUCCUGCGGCUCAUUUACCAGGGAAGAUUCCUCCAUGGCAACGUCACUCUGGGCGCACUGCAGCUGCCCCUGGGCAAGACUACGGUGAUGCACCUAGUUCCCAGAGAGAACCUUCCGGAGCCCAAUUCUCAGGACCAGCGCCAGAAGAGCAAAGAACGAAGCAGUGGUUGCUGCAAUGCCAGUUGCUCAAUAUUAUAAGGGACGGAAGGCACCCACACAAGAUGUGACAUUGCAUUGACGUGCCACAAUAGACACGACCAUGAAUGUUUGACUGACAAAAGGUGUGGUUCUGCCUCAACAAACUGCACUGACAAAGUGGUGUCACAUAUACACAGGUUGGAACACAGCCGCCCACGAGAGUGUGCAAUUGCUUUUCCUCUGUUCAGUGCAAACAAAAACCAGUUCAGCUACUGGUCCUUGAACUAGAUCUUCAACAUCCAGUGCACUGGCUUAAUGAGUUGUUUUUAGUGGCUUUUACAGCUUUGUUCUUCCUUUUUUUAGGAUGUACAGGGGGUGUGCAAUGGGGAAGUCGAGAACAUUGAGGAAAACACGGUUGUAAAUGUUUUUCUGAGCAGGGACGCGGAUGAGAGCUGUAGCGAAGAAAAAAUAAAUGUGCACUCAACAACGGUGAAGAGAAUAAUGUUCGAUGCAUGAUAAGGUGGGAUACUGUUAGCUAUGUGGCUUACAUAAGCCCAGAAACGUGGCAUUUCAUAAGUGAACCGUACAAGUUGAAUUUAACAGUAAUCGAAGGAAGGUACAUCCACUGUGACUGACUUGAACACUACUUCUACUUUCUCCAUAAGCAAGAUCUGCUUUCACACAGUUAUCUUUCUAUUAUACCUUUCUUUGUUUGGUUUUCUGUCUCUCUCUCUUAAUCUUUUCUAUAUCUUUGAGCCAGAUAAGUGAUUUGAGAAGCCACCACACUCUCAAUCUCAAGAUAAUUGACACAGCUACACACGCCAUGAGAAGGACUUUAUCGUGAUAGCUUUAACCGUCGUAGUGCGAUCAAUGCCACGGUGGAGCAUUUAUCGAUUAUGAACGGCGAUAACCUUACGGAGAAGAGAUGGGUGUGAGUCCGGCCACAUGGCAGAGCACAUGUAUCAUAAGAGAGAAGGUUCUCUAGCUAACCUACUCAGUAGCUUAAAAACUAGGCGUUGGAGUGAGUUUUUAGUCGCUUUGAAAGCUCGUCAUACCCUCAUCACAAGAACCCCUUCGACCCUUUUAGAGACACUGUAGUUGAUGAUUGCUUCUUUUUUGUGGAAGUCCUUCGGGCGAUAUUUCGUCCACUUCACUCUACGCUUGUCUCGUGAGAGAGACGUUGAUGGAAUCGGUCUCUGUCACUUGUUUUCGACCACUGGACCAAUGCCAAGGAAUGAGCUGCAGAGAUGAGAGGAUGCAAGCAUCUGUAAAAAGUAUAUAUAUAUAUAACUAAACAGCAGUGCUGGUUUCUUUUUAUAUAUAUAUAUAUAUAAAGUGCAUACUGGGUGUGUAAUUGUACAUAUUUUGUGCAGAUUUGUGUGUGCGAGGGACAAGUAGCUCAGUGCACCAUGCUGAGGCAGCGCUUGAGGAUGUGUAUAGAGAGAAUUCUUUUGUGUGUAAAGCUUUAUAUUUUCUUUGCAAGCAGAUUUGUUCCAGCUGUUGGUGUGUAGGGAUUACUUUCUGUCAUCUCUUAACUUUAUUGGGAUCGAUUCUGACAAACCGUGCUUGAUGAUGCCAACCUGCAAAGUAAUUUUCUAAAAUAUCUAAUCUUUCAAAACUGGCAUGUGGGUGACACUCGAGCAAAGGCCAUGAUGUCUCGGUACAUUUUGAUAGUGACUGACGUUUGGUACCCUGUAAUGGAAAGCGACUGAAGUUAACGAAAUGCGUCGCACGAGCUGAAAGUAGGAAAGAGACCAGGGUCGCGGGUUCGGAUUGAGCCGAGAUUCCUCGGGCUGUUCUUCAGAGUAACUUUGACAAAGUGUGCACUGAUGUAGCUGUUCCCUCAGUCAGACACUUGAUAUUAUCGGUGUGCAUGUGUUCACAUCAGUAUGUCCUCGUCGUUCUUUUGAAGUGAUACGAUCUGCAUAAGUCCAUUUCAGAAUGACUAUAGAUGUGUGAGACCACUGUUUUCUUCUGUACAUACGUUUCUUAUAAUCUGAACAAAUGUAAUAAAGAAUGCAAGAAAUACGA